UCGAGUAACAUAAUUCAAGUAAACUUAGAAAUAUAAAAUCUUAAAGUGGCAGUCAUGGGCUGAAGGAGAUGGUUUCACUGGCGUACGUGAUACUGAUAUUUUAACAAUAUACAAGAUAGCAGAAGGCAUUAAAAAACUUUGGGCACCGGGUAUCCUGUGGAUUAACAAAGGCUUUUGACUGUGUUGAUGACAGUAUCAUCAUCAUCAUGUAUUUGACAACACUCCUUUUGAUGCGGCACCAGUGUGUAAAGUAAUUGAGCUAAGUUAUGGUUAUGGAAGUAGAUGAUAAAGCAGACUCAGAUGGCGAUUGUACCAGUGAUAUUAUAUUUAAAUACAAAGGAACAUCAGAGAGAUGCAGCCGCAUCAAAUGUGAACAGAGGUCUCGUGGUACCAAGUUGUAUGCUAGUAGCAUGGAAAAUAUGCCCGGAUGUUCAUUUGAUUCCUUAAAAGAUAUUAGUGCAAGAAUCUCACAUACUCAUAGCAAGAAAGUAAUUAAGCAUGCUUUGCGUCAGCAAGCUAGAAGGCGCAGGAAGAAUACUACAAUCAAUGCAGCUAAAGGCAAUUGCAUAGCCUCCAAACCUUCAACAAUGCGUGAAGUCUUGGCCUCUAUACCUGGAUUUAGUAUAAAACCAAGAAAAAGGUCAAAUAAGAAACUUUCUGCAGCUGCACAGUUGGAACAAACUAAGGAAGGCUGUAUUGAUCUUGAAACACCAGAUUCUAUCCUUGUGAAUACCAAUUUGAGAGCUCUUUUGAAUAAGCAUACAUUUUCUAGUUUACCUCCACUGUAUCAGCGCAAGCUUGUUCAACUUCUCCCAGAUGUUGACAGAGCUAGCAUAUCUACACAGUCUGAUAAUUCAUUAAGAUUGAAUUCUUCUGGUUUAAAUAAUGAAUUUUUUGCUCGAGCAUGUCUUGAGUGGCGAGAAAGGUUAGCUGAAGGUGAAUUUACUCCAGAGAACCAACAAAGACUGAAAGCAGAAGCGGAGAAAGAAAUGAGCCGUCUCGAUCCGUGGAAGCUUAAACACUUUGAACCUAUUUGGGGUGAAAAGCAAGAUGCGAGAUCGGAAAAUAUACCUCUUAUGCUUCCGAGUCCAGUAAGACCACCAUUGAAAACAACUAUAAAGCUAAGGCCAUCAACAUCAGUUGGUGGAGGACGUCACAGUAAACCUGUACAGACAUGUGCAAGGCGAUUAAGAACAGUUGGUGCAGUUACGAGAGCAAUUGCAAGCUACAGGGAAGAGGUGGAUAGUGCUGUAGCUUGUAAAGUAGCAGAUUUGGCAGUAACCAGUAGCACAGAGAAGAGGAGCCUCGAAAGUCCGGAAUGCUACUCUCAACGGACCUCAAAGAAGUUGAGAGCCUUGAGUCCACAGGAGUCAAAGAGUGAUAUUAGCUUUAAUGAAGCUGCUCCAGCCAGUGUAUCAUGUGAAACUGAUACUCCUGAAAGCAAUUUGGAACUGGAUCGUCCUAAAAGUAGCGCUGAGGAAUUUGAAGAUAAUGAAGAAAAACUUGGUGUGCUCAAUGAACUGAGUUUUAACAAUGAAGUAGCACCAUGUGAUGUUCCAGAACAUGAAACACUAUCCGGUGAAUGCAUUGAUGUGGCAGGUGAAACUGUUGAUGUUCUGACAUCUGACAAAGAUGUGUUUCUUAAAGAAUCCGUAGAUUGUGACAGCCAGAGUACUACAGAAAGCAAAGAACAACACAGUAAUCAGUACCUGACGGCUAUGGAGUGUGAAGAAAAUGAUGUUCCAGAAGUUGUUGAUACAAAGUUGUCUGAGAAUGAAAUCCAAGAAAUAGUUGGUGGUUCAUCAGAUGUUCAUAUGCAACAAGAAAGUGAAAUAAAAAUUGAAGAAUGCACAGUCAAGAAUAUUGCUAGUGGAACUGUGAGCUUAACUGAAAUGCCAAUUGAAAUUAAAGUCAGUAAUGAACAUAUAGAUCUACUUGUUGAAUUUAGUGAAGUUAAAAGUGAAAGCAGAGAGGAGGUUAGCAGUGGAACCAGAGAGGUUAGCAGUAGAAGCAGGGAGGUGGUUACCAAUGGAAGUGUAGAUGAGGUUAGCAGUGGAAGCAGAGAGGAGGUUAGCAGUGAUGAGGUUAGCAGUGGAAGCAGGGAGGAGGUUAACAUUGUAAGCAGAGAGGAAAUUAGCUGUGGAAGCAGGGAGGAGGUUAGCAGGGGUCAGGUUGGCUCUGUUAGCCAAGAUGAGGUUGGCUCUAUUACCAGAGAUGAGGUUGACUCCAUUAGUGGAGAUGAGGUUGGCUCUGUUAGUGGUGAUGAUUCUGGCUCUGUUAGCAGAGUUGAGGUCAGCUUUGCUAGCAGAGUUGACGUUGGCUCUGGUAGCAGAGUUGACGUUGGCUCUGGUAACAGAGUUGACGUUGGCUCUGGUAGCAGGGUUGACGUUGGCUCUGGUAGCAGGGUUGACGUUGGCUCUGGUAGCAGGGUUGACGUUGGCUCUGGUAGCAGGGCUGACGUUGGCUCUGGUAGCAGGGCUGACGUUGGCUCUGGUAGCAGGGCUGACGUUGGCUCUGGUAGCAGGGCUGACGUUGGCUCUGGUAGCAGGGCUGACGUUGGCUCUGGUAGCAGGGCUGACGUUGGCUCUGCUGGCAGGGCUGACGUUGGCUCUGCUGGCAGGGCUGACGUUGGCUCUGCUGGCAGGGCUGACGUUGGCUCUGAAAGUAGGGAUGAGGUCAGCACUUUAAGCAGAGAUGAGAUUAGCGCUGUAAGCAGAGAGGAGUUUAAUACUAUAAGCAGAGAUGAAGUUGAAAGUGAAAGUAAAGAGGACAUUAAAAGUGAAAACAAAGGGGAAUUAUUUAGUGAUAGUCAUCUUUUCAGUGAGUUUGGACCAAGUUUUAAGUGUGAUGAACAGGAUACUAAAUAUGAUAUUAAAGACAAUAAGUUAGAUGUUAGUACGGACGUUCCUCUGGAAUUGGAGUCUCAAAUUUCUGUUGAGUGUGAGAUGUGUGAUGAUAUCGUAAAAAGUGAAGAAUGUGACAGUCAAAAUUUGACAGACUCGAAAACGAAUGUGAUGAUUGAGCUUGUUACAAGAAGUGAGUUUUCUGUUGAGAAAUGUGAAGCAGACAAUACCAACAGAGGAAUUAUUGACUCUGAAAUGGAAAUGGUAACUGUGAAUAGUGCUGUAACAUUAGGGGAUAUAAAAGAAGAAUUGAAAGAAGUGGACAUUGCUAAUAAUGUGACCUCGCAGACAUCUGAUAGUGUUCCUUAUGAUCAGAACUGUGUUUCCCAUGCUGGAACUGACAGUAGUGAAUUGUUCGGUAGCUCAGGUGUUGUCACCAAAGUUGAAGUAACUGCCAGCCUUGAGGAAAGUGCGUGUGUACCAGGAAAACCAUUGCACGCUGUGACUGUUGAACCCACAAGCUCUGAACCAGAUAUGAACAAAGUGGAAGAUGAUGACGAUGACGACGACGAUGAUGAGGACGACGAUGAUGACGACGAUGAAGAGGAUGAUGAUGAUGAAGAGGAGGAGGAGGAGGAGGAGGAGGAUGAAGAUGACGAUGACGAUGAUGCAGAAGAUGAUGUUGAAGAAAAUCAGACAGCCCUUUUUGCCACAACUGUUUCUAGUGGAGAUGGCUGUUGCUGGGAUGUUGAUUCAAGUACAGAGGUGCCUAUUGUUGCGUUGGAGGCAGUCCCAGUUCCUGUUCCUGUAGCAUUAAGGGUAAUUGAAGAUGGAGAAGCUGCUGAUGAAGUAGAAGUAAUUCCAAUGCAGGAGGAGCUGGAAGUGAGGUUAGAGGAAGGAACAUUUCCUGUUGCUUCUGAGGACGGCCUAUCAGUGGACUGGCCGUAUGCCGUAAAGAUGGAUCCAUCUAUGGUAGCAGUAACAUCGGACCAGGAGGGGCUGAAUAAAUCUGUGCAGUCACAGUAUGCUGACUAUCCAACAAGUCAAGGUGUAAAACUGGAAUUAGAAGUGACGUUGACACCAGAGACUGUUACAAAUGCAGAAUCUAUGGUGACAAGCAGUGUGGGUGGUUUGCCCCAAAAUGCUUCUGCAGCGUUACCCACUCCAACAGUGUCAAAGACUAACAUUGCAACUGUUAUCCCACCGACUACGAUUGUAUGCCUUCCAUCUGUGGUAUCAGCACCGAAUCUGAUGAAUCAGCAUACAAGCCAGCUGACCGGUUGUGUCAGUGUCCCAUCAAAUGGAAUUAUCAAUUCUAACCUACCAAAGACUGCUGCUGUGGCAAGCUCGAGUGCUGUGCCAUACCUUGCCUUAAGCAGCACUACUCCUGUGCGAGCUUUGCCAACACAUAUACCAAAGAGCCAAAUGAAAAGCAAACCAGUCCGAGAAACUUCACAGGUAUCUUCCGGAGGGCAGAGUGGUGGAGGACGAAGCUCUCGGGGCUCUUCGAAUAAGCCACCACCUGGUGCAGUUAAUCUAGAACGAAGCUAUCAAAUAUGUCAAGCUGUCAUACAGAACAGCCCAAAUCGAGACCAGUUACGUUGUCAGUUGAAGCCACCUCCAUCUUUGUUGGCUGCUAACUCGAACACUACAGGUGUCGGUGCUACAAAAAAAUCAGAAACUCCUGGUAGUGCUCGAGCUGCUACCCAGUAUGGUGUGGUUACUUCUUCACGAAAUGGAAAUGGACAAACUAAUAAUUCCACUAACACCAAGGCAUUUACCCCCCCUUUGCCGGCCUCUGGAAAUUUUUCUGUAUUGCCUAAUAAUGGAAAUGUAAACAACAGCGUUGGUGUGUCAAAGCCAGUAUCCGUAACUUCCAUUGGUGGCCAAAACAAAGUGACCAGUUCAAAGGGAGGCUCCUAUCAUCAGAGACAGCAGUCACCACCUGUAUUGGUUCGUCAUGUUUUUACAUCCCCUCAAGGGAUUCCAGUUACAAUGGCUGUCUUACCACAAUCACAAGCUCCUCCUGUACCUGAGAUAGUGGAAAGUCCUGGACCACAAGUUGGACAUGUUGGUCAAUACAUUUUAGUACAGAGAGCAGGUGUGGAUCAGCAGCAACAUGAUACAACACAUGUAAUGCUGAACAGAAAGAAUGCUCCUCCACGUGCAUCAAGUGCGCCACCAUCCAAUAACCAGAAUCAAAUUGGUGCAUGUGGUAUCGUUAGACCAGGAAGCAGUGGGGGCAGUACUACUACUGCUGGUGGAGGUAUAGGCAGAGGCCGCCCAGCCAGUGUUGAUGUGGAUCAGCAAAAUGGACCAUCAUCUGAGUACUUGGGUAACAAUUACAGUGAACAACAAUUUAUGGUACACUGUCCAAACCCAGCUAUGCAACCUGUCACUAGAAGAGAGAGGAUGCAAGAUAAUCCUAAUUUAGCUUAUGGUGAUGUAGCAUCAGACGGUAUGUUGCAGAGUUAUACCAUAGUACCCAGCAAUGGGGAAAAUAUGGCAUAUCCUAUAGUUGGACAAUCUCAGAUUGUAUUACAGGGUGGUGUUAGGGCCCAUGUUUCUAAGCAGACACACAAUAAUCAUGUUUCUAUGAACAGAAAUGACACAUCUCCGUGUGCUUGCAAUUUGAAAGCUAUGAUAAUAUGUAAGAAAUGUGGAGCCUUUUGCCACGAUGACUGCAUAGGACCUUCACGCCUUUGUGGAACUUGUGUUAUUCGAUGAAUGAUGUGAAAUGUGGAAAGCUUAUCUGUUUUUGUGAGAGAUUUUUUUGCAAUGGACAAAAAUUGCUAUAGCCUACUGAGUUACUCCUGUGACACAUAUGCACACUUGUGAGAGUGGCUUGAAAAUUUUUUCACGACUGAUUUAUGUGUAAUGUACUUAAGUCUUGUGAAAGAGUGUUCAUUAUACAAAUAUACACAUUUGUAUUGUUGAGAGGGAAGUAGCAUUGUACUUUGUGUUUGUCUUCCAUUUCUGUAUUUCACUAUCAUUCUUUUACUGUAUAUUCUUCUGUCUCACCUGCAAAAUGGCUUUCAAUGGGUAAUUCCUUUAAUGAUGUUAAGAGGGUAAAUAAAUUUUUACAAUGUGAUGUUGGUAAAAAUGUUUUAGAGGUUUUAUAUGCACAUACUAUGCUGCCAGCUAAAAUAAAAUUUUGAUUGUAAUUUAGUUUUCUUUGUUUAACUGCUGAGUCUUAUAUGAAAUUGACAUGUUUUAGCUUUAUAUAUUUUUUAUUUAGUUCUUUUAACCAUUAAUUCUUUUGCUACAUUUAUUGUAAUAUUUGUAUAAUAUUUGCUCUCUAUUUGAAGUACUUUCCUGAAUUUUGUAGUAAUUUAUUAUGCAUUUUUAAAAGUAUUUAUUGUGUUGUAUACACAUACAAUGUUAAUUGUUAAUAUUUCACAGAAAAUGUAAUUUUAGUUGUAACUUAUCAGAACAUGAAUGUUCAUUUUCUCAUAUCCUUCACUAUGUUCACUAUUGUCAUUACUAUUGUACAAUCACCAUUCUUACGUGUAGUCAUGUCCUGUAAUGAUUUUGUUAUGACACAUUGUUAAAAUAGUCCUGCAACUGUUUUACUGUUUGGAGAUGCAGUUUAUGAAUUUUGUCUGCAUAACAGUUUGUUAUUUAUUUAUUUUAUGCACACACCUAUAUCUAUGUUUGUUUUCAAGUAUGCUGUUUAAAUGUUAAAAGAUAGUAGAGUGGGAAUAAAUGAUGUGACUCGUGUAGAAAACAGAAUUCAAAAGCAGUGAGUGAUGCAUAUGCAACUCACGUUGCUGUUACAAAAGACUGUAAUGUUUAUUAAAAACUAUUCUUGUAUUCUAUAUUUUGUUGAAACAUUUGCUUUCAGUGAAAGUGAAAAAAAAAAGCAGUUACAGAUGUUCGCUUAACAUAGUCACAGAAAAAACUGGAAGUCAGGAAGUUAUUGCAGCUUGAAGCUGUUGUUCUGGAACCUAGUGUGACAACUAACAGCAUACUGCAUAAUGAUACACAAAAUGUGACAUGUAUCAGUCAUAUAUUACUGACUGUAAGCUGAUUUUGAAACAAAAGGUGCAUGACUCUUA